AUGAAUGUGAUACAGUCCAAUAUUUCUACCACGAUCAGAAGCUUCAACAUUUCGGACGACAUCCGAAUCGAAGUGAAAAAGUUCCGCACCAAUGCGAGCAUCGAUGAGGUUGACAUCGAAGACGACGAGGAUGAUAUUUCCGUUAUUCAGAAAAUUCACAAAACGUUUGCCGAUCCGCACAGCACAACGUUCGAUCCGACCACGUUGAAAUCGAUCAUUGCACGGCUGGAUGAGAUUGAAAAGAAGCUGGAAAAUGUCGUGUACAUGAACCAACAGGCAGACGCGCUCGAGGCAGCCGCACGACAAACCGGAAUCGUUAGCUUACCUUCUGCGGGAGGCGUUAUUGUGGGCAGUACGGGCGACGAAGGGUUGGAGCUUAAGCUGGAACUCGAUUCCGACAGUGAGCUGAUCGGGGAAUUCAUCGAACAGGACGAACUGAAGCUAGUCGAGUUUCCCAUCAACCGAAUCGAGGAGCUGAAGGAGCUCGAGGAGUCCAUCACAUCGGACCAAGAGUCAUUCGUUUCGCUUGUUAAUUUCAUCGGCAGCACCGUACAAAAGUACAACCGCAAUCUAGAGCUGGUGCUGAAAGAUUUCAUCACAGAAUCACUUAUCAACGAGCUUGGCUACAGCACCACCAAGGAAUCGAUGCUAUCGUUCUACAUCUUCAAUCAGUUGCUGUACGAUAUCUGGAAAAAUGAUUACUCAACCAUAAACGACUACAACAACAAGCUGAAAAAUAUUGUAAUUAAAACGCAAAACCGAUUUUUGCGAUUAAACAAAAACAAAAAAUAG